UGCGUGGGAGAUUCAGUGAUACGAGACGUGAUGUGCAGCCGAACGACGUGUGGCGUGUGCCAGAAGCCGACCUGGUCGGGCUGCGGCAUGCAUAUCGAGAGCGCCCUUCGCGGUGUCGACGAAGCCGACCGCUGCGCCGAGUACAAGACGGGCAAGCACAAGUCGAGCAUGUUCCCAACCAUGUGCAUCAUCUCGGUGGUUGCGACCUUGCUGUACGUGUCCAUGAGCUAGUUCGUCCGCCACACUAACGCAACCGGCGGCUUUUCCGCGCCGAGACAACCCCGCGCCAUCGUACCCGAGUGCUUUUAUCAACACGAUGGCU